CCCAUCAACAAAAGCACGAUAACUCACCAUAAUAUUUUAAUUUCUACCAGCAAAGGUUGUUCGUUUAAAGAAGAAAAGUAUUGCAAUGAGUUCAACAAGCAGAACUUGGGUUGUGGCGGCGACUAUGGGAGCUGUGGAGGCACUGAAGGACCAGGGAAUCUGCAGAUGGAAUUAUCCAUUAAGGUCACUUCACCAGCAUGCCAAGAACCAUUUGAGGUCAGCUUCACAGACCAGGAUGCUGUCUUCUCAGUCUUCUGCGGCUGUUCGGAAUCAGUUGAGAGAAGAGAAAGCAAAGCAAUCUGAAGAGUCUCUGAGGACAGUCAUGUACUUGAGCUGUUGGGGUCCCAAUAAUUGAGGGAAAUUGGAGAAAACUCUACCUUAGUGGGUUUGUAAUUUGUAUAUAGAUGAGAAAAGAGGGUAUGAAUUGUUAUGUAUAAGAGCAGUUGCUCUCAACACAUGGGUAAUGAAAAAAAAAAAAGAAG